GGGAUCGGCCCCGGGCUCGGGAUGGCGGGGCCGGGGCUGGAGCGGUACCGGCUGGCGCUGCUGGCGGCGCGGGAGGACGUGGGGAACCCCCGGGCUGGGACCGACUGGGCCGUCUUCGGCUAUGAGAAGCACCACGACCUCAAGCUCCUGGAUUCCGGAGCCGGGGGGCCGGAUGAGCUCGCUGGAAAGUUCUCCGCCGGCAGCGUCAUGUACGGGCUGUGCCGGGUCCCCGAUCCCGGCGCUGGCACCCCCCGGAUCGUCCUCAUCAGCUGGGUCGGGGAGAAGGUGCCGGAAUCGCAGCGGGCGGAGUGUGCCGGGCACCUGCCGGCCAUCCGGAGCUUCUUCAGGGAGGCCACGGCCGUGGUCAGUGCCCGCCGUCCCGAGGACGUGACGCUGGAGGGGCUGCGCCGGGCGCUGGCACAGCUGGAGCCCCCCGGCCCCCGCACCCCCAGGAGGGGAACCCUCCCGGACAUCCCGGAGCUGGUGGGAACCAACUACCGCAAGACCAACCCGGCGCUGGAGAUCCAGCGCACCCAGCGCCAUUCCUUCUGGGAACAGGCCGAGCGGGAGGAGCAGCAGCGGAAGGAGGAGGAGCGGCGGCGGGAGCGGGAGCAGCGGCGGCGCUGGGAGCGGGAGCGCUUGGAGGAGGAGCGGCGCGGGGCCGCGGAGCGGGAGCGGCGGCUGCAGGAGCGGGAGCGGCUCAUCGAGGAGCGGCGGCAGGAGCAGGCACGGCUGGACGCGGAGGAGCGGAGGAAGGAGCAGGAGCGAUGGGAGCAGCAGCAGCGGGAACACGAGGCGGCCGAGCGGGAGCGCAGGGGGAGCAGAGGGGGCAGCGGGACGGCGGCCGAAGCCGCCAUCCUCGUCUCGCAGCGCACCCAGAACCCCCGGGAAUUCUUCCGGCAGCGGGAGCGCUCCGGGUCCACGUCCGGCCCCGCCCUGCCCGGCGGCCCCCCCGGUGCCCGCCGGCCGUUCCUGCGGUACCAGCGCAGCCUGACGGAAUCCGCCUUCAUCUUCCGCCGGCCGGAGCCCCCCCGGGCCCCCCCGCCCGGCGCCUCCCGCGGGGCACCGCCCCCCAGCCCGGGCCGACCCCCGCCGCCCCUGCCCCCCAGCCCCGCGGGGACAGGGACCCCGCCAU